AUGCCCGAAAAUGAAGCCCAAGCAUUGUCUAAACAAGAAAGGAGCAGAUGGCGAAUUACUUUUGUUCAAUUAAAUCAAUACACAAACUUCCAAAUUCGAGAGUUAAUUCGUAAUACCCUAGCCACGGCGAAAAAAA